AUGAAGGCCCAGGUCAGCUCUGGAGGUGAGGACCAAGCCUCAGGAGUGAGGAGCAAGACCCUGGGGGCACGUGGCCCCUUGGGUGAGGCCAAGCAGGGACGAGUGAUCCUUGCUACCUACCUGAUUGUCACCCUGGAGAUGACCUUCCUCUUCAUGCAGAUGGGAGUCAUGCCUUACUUGGCAAAAAGCCUGGGUUUGGAUUCAGUGGGGUUUGGCUACCUCCAGACAACCUUUGGUGUCCUCCAGCUCGUGGGAGGUCCCAUUUUUGGAAGGCUUGCAGAUCGUUUUGGCACCCGAGCAGCCUUAAUUCUCUCAUGUGCCUCUGGAAGUGUCUUCUUCCUGCUCCUGUCCAUCUCCACCAGCAUCCCCCUGCUGUUCCUCUCCAGGCUGCCAGCGGUGUUCAUGCACGGGAUGCCAGGUGCUCAGAAGGUUAUUACAGACCUGACCACUCCUUCCCAACGUGCUGAUGCCUUGGGGAAGCUGGGCCUUUGCUUUGGAAUAGGCAUCAUCGUGGGCUCUGUUCUGGGAGGUGUCCUCUCCACCAAAUUUGGCAUUUUUGCUCCUAUGUACGUCGGGCUGGUGGGAAGUCUCAUCCAAACCAUGAUAGCAGUGCUGUGGAUCCCUUCACAAACUAAACCAAAGUCAGACCAUCAUGUGAUGGAGCACAGCACAUCACAGUCUGGCAGCGUGUUUAGCAUCAGAGAAAUCCUACGCCUGAUGAAGUUUCCUGGAGUAACGGAAGUUUUCCUAAUCAAGGUCUUUGCUGGACUUCCCCUAGGUUUGUUCCUCAUUAUGUUUUCCAUCAUCUCCAUGGAUUUCUUUGGCUUGGAAGCAGUGGAGUCUGGAUACCUGAUGUCAUAUUUUGGUGUCCUUCAGAUGGUUGUCCAGGGUCUGGUCAUUGGAAAACUCACUCACCACUACACAGAGGAGACCCUGCUCAGGCUCAGCAUCUUCGUCUUCGCCAGCGUGGGGCUUGGCAUGGCCCUGAUGAGGACCGUGUGGCACUGGUGCAUCGUCGCGGUGCCGAUGGUGUUUGCCUUCAGCAUGCUGGGCACCAUCACUGACAGCAUCCUCACCAAGGCUGUCCCCUCCUCUGACACAG